AUGAUUUUAAUAUUAUCCCUAUUUAGAAUCGUCUUAUGCGAUAUUCGAAUAGUGCAUGAUCAAACAAGAUAACCAUAUAUAUUUUAAUGGGAUUCAACUUAUAUAGGAUCAGGAGUUGUAUCUUAAUAUUGUCCUUUGGGAAUAAAUAAAUAUCUUUAUGAACAAUCUAAUGAAGAUUAUUAUUACUUUUUAUAAAGUGGAUAUUUUGGAGACAAAUAAGAAUUAUUAUACCUCAUUUAUAUGGAAAUUCAAUUUGAAUAAAGGUUAAUUGUAUUUCAUAUACAAUUUAAUCUAGAAGGUAGAUGGGUAGAAAGUACUUUCUCAUUUCAACCAUAGGAAGUUGAAGGCAUCAUAAUUAGCACAAUAAUAAAUUACUCAGAAUCAGGUUUAGUACUUUUAGAAUAAUUAUGGGGUGAUAAUAAUAGAAGAAGUUAUUCAUUUCCAUAUACUUAAUACCCUAAUUAUUAAGUAACAUAAAUAUCUGGAGGAAUAUAUUCUGUAAUAAAUAUUAAUAAUUUAGGAUAUAAAUCCAAUAACAAAAAACAAAAUAAUAUUAAAAUAAUUUUCAGGGAAAAUGAAUGCAGCAAUAUUAAUAAAAGAUGAUAUCUAAUAUUUAUGGAAUGGAUUUCCUUAUUAUUAAGGUUCAAAUGUAAUUUUAUUAUAGAAGGAAAGUAUAGAUUUGUAAGAAAGAGUUUCAAAUUAAUUUUAUACUAUUUCUACCUAAACUCAAAAGGACUAUAGUGUAUCCUUUUGGGCAAAAGCAUAAUCAAUAUAUGA